UUGGGGGUGGCAAAGUAAUUUCUUAAAAUAGCAACAUGAAGAAAGUGUGAUCCAUCAGGAUACUUAUAAACAGAACUUCCCGCCCAAAAGUUGUAAACCGCCAUUAACAAACUUUGCAGUUGAGCUUUCCAAAAUCCACCAUUGAAGAUGACAAUUCCAAUUGUAGAGGUUUCUAGGGAGAAAGGAGAAGUCUCUACUGAUCUAAAAUCUACCAUUGAAGAUGUUUCUACUCGUCUACAAGAUCUAAAAUCCACCAUUGAAGCAGUUUCUACUGAUCAAAAAGAUCUAAAAUCCACCGCUGGAGAAGUUUCUACUCAUAUGGACGAUCUAAUAUCCGUCAUUGAAGAAGUUUCUACUCAUCAGAAAGAUCUAAAAUCCACCAUUGAACAAGUUUCUACUGAUCAAAAAGAUCUAAAGUCCAGCGCUGAAGACGUUUCUGCUCACCUAAAAGAUCUGAAAUCGGCCAUUGAACAAGUUUUUGCUCAUCUAAAAGAAUCCAAUUCACCAUUGAAGAUGAGCACAUUAACUGAAGAGGUUUCUAGGGAGAAAGAAGGAGUCUGCACUAAUCCGAAAUCCACCAUUGAAGAAGUUUCUAGGGAGAAAGGAGAAGCCUCCUCUGAUCUAAAAUCCGCCAUUGAAGAAGUUUCCACUCGUCUAAAAGAUCUUAAAUCCACCAUUGAACAAUUUUCUACUGAUCAAAAAGAUCUAAAAUCCACUGCUGAAGAAGUUUCUACUCAUAUAGAGGAUCUAAAAUCGGCCAUUGAAGAAGUUUCUACUCAUCAAAAAGAUCUAGAAUCGGCCAUUGAAGAAGUUUUUACUCAUCAAAAAGAUCUAAAAUCCACCACUGAGGAAGUUUCUGCUCAUCUGAAAGAUCUAAAAUCCGCCAUUGAAGAAGUUUCUACUCAUCUAAAAGAAUCCAAUCCACCAUUGAAGAUGAGCACUCCAACUGAAGAGGUUUCUAGGGAGAAAGAAGAAGUCUCCACUGAUCUAAAUUCCAGCAUUGAAGAAGUUUCUACUCAUCUAAAAAAAUCCAACGAGGAUUGGAUUUCAAUUAUGUCUAAACUGGUGGAAUGCCUCGACGAGUUUUGCGACCACCAUUUCCCGUCAACUACAGAACAGAAAAUCUCUGACAUCAAGCUUCAAAUUGGUUUGUGCAUCAAAGUCCUUGAAUCAGUUCCUCAAGAGAAGAGGGAAUUAAGUCAUGAACGUGCAAUGUUCGAGUAUAUAAAAGGAAGGAUAUUUAAUGCAAUUCCUGAUGUUUACAAGGAGGAAGCAGAGCAUCAUCUCGUGAACGCGACUCAAUUGAAUCCGCUUUUGCUGGAAGCUUGGGAUUGCCUGGGCUGUUGCUUUUCCAAGAAAGGGGAAUACCAAAGAGCUAAAAAGUGCUAUAAGUUUGUCCUUCAUAUGGCUGCAGAAAAUAGCAUAAUUUUACGUCGAAUUGCAUAUCUUGAACUGAAGUUUGCACAAGUUUCUUCAAAUUCAGCCUUGGCUGCCUGGCACAUUGACAAAUGCAUCAAGUAUGCCCAAAAGACACUCGUUCUGGAUAGCAUGGAUGGAGUUUGUUUAUACAUCUUAGGAUGCGCAUAUUUCACUUCCUUUAUUCUGAAUGGAGGAUGGUAUUACAAUACUCUUCUACUGGCAUUAGAGGCACUCGAAGAAGCUAAAAAAAUUGAUGCAAUGAAGUCAAACCCAUAUUUUGAUUACGACUAUAGCAGGGUGAAUAGACUUGUGGAGAACUACAAGGGCUCCCUAAUUGGAUUUUCAGAUGCUGCAUCAAAGAAUCCUGCGAGUGAUGCCUUACAUCAAGUGAAACUGACGCUCGAGCUUCUUGACAAAUUAGAAGGAUUACUUAAGGGUAAGCGAAAUGACAAGAAUAAGGGGAAGAGUAAGGGAAAGAGUAAGGGAAAGAGUAAAGGAAAGAGUACUGAAACAAGCUUGCCUGACCGGAUCCAGUCACUUGCUAAUAUUGAUUUGAAUCCUUCAUACAAGAGAGCAACCAUGGAUCUCUUAACUGAAGGCCUUAACGAACAGAUUGAGGUUGUAGCAGUAGUACGGUGCUUAGUUGAGUAUGAGUAUAUUGGUCCAUUAUACUAUAUGCUCUGUGGCUCUGAUGAGAAAAGUUUUGUACUUACAAUGUUCGGCAUACAGAAGGAAGCAAUUAAACAAGGAGAUCAGGUCACACUAUUGGAGCCCAUUUGCAAAUUUAUUGAUUUUGAAUGGAAAGGAAAGCACUAUCAAUUCAAGUCUGUGAGAGUUAAUUUUCUGGAACAAGUCCUUGUAAAUGGAAAUGCCCUGUCUCCUAAUUUUGCCAUGCCUAUGUAAUACGCAUAACUGAGGGAAAAAUACUCGUCUAUUGCGUGCAGAUGUGGGAACUUCAAAUGAGAUAAACUGUAUAUUUUUGACAAUGUCGUAUUAUUCUGCUUUGCCAGAUUCAUCAGUAUAUACUUAUAAACAAACUCCUUAGUCAUUUAGCAAACCAACUAUUUUUUUUAGGAGAAAUUAUAUGCAUCCGUAGAUGCAUUUGCAAAACAAUAAUUCAACAUAUCAUCUUCCUCAAAGGAGUCCUCGUCUUGUAGGUUAGCAAAUCUAUUUGUCAAUAGAGAACUACUACAUACCAACAUCUUGUAGUUGCUUGUUUGUGUUAAUAGAUGUAAGAGAAGUCAAAUCUUAACAUCAGAAUUCACCAAUGCAUCAAAAAGCUCUUUGUCGUCAAUAGAACUUUUGAACAUUAGUACCUGUUAAAAUCAGUUGUCGCCUUAUAUGUAAUGGAGAUGAAUCACCGGAAAUGCCACUACCCUUAGGAACAAAUAUUGGUACUUCGCGGCUCAAUUUUCUAUGAGGUAUGGCAUGUUUGUCCUCUUCUUUGAUCCACCCGAUCAGCCCAUCGACUCUCACUUGUAACACCUUUUUUCUGGCUAGUAGUGAUCAAAUUAUUCGUUGAAAUAACUUAAGAGAUUGAAACAAUUGGUAAAGCAUGAGAGUUAAUCAUAUUCAACGUACGAUCAUCAUGAAGCUUAAUUGGAGAGGCUCUUGGAGAAAUAAUUUGAGCUCCAACAUCAAUCAUCACCCCUGCUUAAUCAACUAUAUCAAACUGCCCAAGUUCUCUUAUUUACGCCACAUCUUCAAUCGAAAGCAUUUCAGAAGCGACUUGUGAUGCAACAACUAAAAUCCGUUCAUGCAAUGCACCUGCAGCUUCGUGAAGCAAUUUCUUGCUAUUUCUGAAGUCAUGUCAAUCACUUUCUUUGUAGUAGUAUGAUAAUUUAGUCGCUGCCCAACUUCAAUUCGACAUAUUUUCUGUUCAGAACUUUUCCAGUUCUGAUGUUGCAAUCGAAUUCCAAUCAAGCAUCUACCCUGCAUUGAUCUUCACUCAAAAUUACACAUGUAUCACCUUAUUUGUACCCUUGGACCUUAUCCGAUUAUGGCUUCUGGUUAGUAUUGUUAAGUAUUUGUAGUGCAAAAUUUGUUUUUCCAUCAAAAUAACUUCAAACAAAUUUCAUAAAAAUGAUGAAAUAUAUAAUAUGAAGUUAAAUAAAUUUUGAAAACAAAAGAUUAUAUGAUCAAGAAGAUGAAA